AUGUCUUCAACUACUGCUCAUCGCACAGUCAAGUGCAAAACAAUUGACGGCAUCACGCUGGAAGCGUGGCUCUGGGAGGUUGAGGGCCCAGCACCUGCCAUUGUCAUGACACACGGCCUCAACUGCGUCAAAGAAUGGAGUCUUGACGAGACGGCCGACGCCUUCCACAAAGCAGGCUACAACGUCCUGCUUUACGACCCGAGAGGGAUCGGAGGCAGCGAGGGCGUUCCCCGAAACCAGCCGGAUCCGUGGCAGCACGCCGAGGACAUCUCAGAUGUCGUCAGUUAUGUUGUUACACUACCGACCGUCGACCCCCACAGGGUCAUGCUUUGGGGUGUUUCCUUCGGGGCGAGUGUGACGGCAUGCGCCGGCGCUGUCGAUCCUCGCGUAGCGGCCGUCCUGAUGGUCGCGCCCAUCUUCAAAUUCAUCCGUCCCGACAAGCGGAGGAAACUGUUUACGCAGCUGAUGAAGGAUCGCCAGUCGCAGCUGAGGGGCAACGAGCCUCUGUACCUGCGUCCUUACGACAGUAACGGGGAGAAUCUGGCAGGCUACGGCGGCUCCGGGGGACCAUGCGCCAAACAAGCGUCCAUGUUGAUGGAGCUCGGUGUACAGCGCUAUGGAUACCGCAACCGCAUCACCCUUCAGACGUUCCACAAGUUGGCACUCUUCCGUCCCCAGGACUUCCUGCAAGAGAUGCUGACUGACAAGCCUAUCAUGAUGGUUGUGCCCGAGAACGACACCAUGUCUUUGCCAGGGGACCAGGUCGCGGCGUUUGAAUGUUUCAAGUGUCCGAAGCAACUUCACUUGGCCAAGAACAAGGGUCACAUGGACAUUUUGUCCGGCGAAGGGUUCACAGAGAACAUGUCUAAGAUGAUAGGAUUCUUCAACUCGGUUUCAGAAAAUGUCGCCUAG